CCGAACUACUUUCCCCUGCAUCUCCUAUGAUUUCCUACUGCCAAACUCUGUUGCUAACAGUUUUCUCUCCCAUAAAACCAGCAAAAACCCGGCCGCCGCCAUGCCGACUCAUCUGCCACCGCCAUGCGCCACCUCCGACGCGCGAUCCGCCAUCAUUGGCGGCGAAGUGACCGGGCACCACAUACUGGACAUCGAGGGAUACUCGCACAUCAAGGAGCAGUUGCGCCAUGGAGACUCCACCACCUCUCUCCCUUUCACCGUCGGAGGUUGCUCCUGGUACAUCUCAUAUUACCCCAACGGUUGCCGCCACAGCGCCGACGGCUUCAUCGGUAUCUUCCUCUGCCUCGAGCGGAGCCGCGGCGCCGCCGCCGCCUGCGUGAAGGCGCGAGUCAAGUUUAGCUUGCUGGAUCGAGCUGGGAAGCCGGUGCCAUCGCACUCCCAUACCACGGUGCUCAUCUUCGACGACAAGAUCUUCGUCUCUGCAGAUUACCCUUGCUGCUUCGGCUUUGCUGAGUUCAUGCGGCGGGCAGAUCUGGAGAAGUCGGAGCAUCUCAAGGACGACAGCUUCACGAUUCGGUGCGAUAUCACGAUUGCCAACAAGCUCUGCAAGGAGCGGCGGAGAGCUGCGUAUGGGUUAACGUUGGUCAAGGUGCCACCAUCCGAUCUGCACCACCAUCUCGGCGAGCUCCUCGCGUCCAAGCAAGGCGCAGAUGUUACGUUCCGUGUUGCCGGCGAGACGUUCAGAGCGCACAGGUACAUUCUCGCGUCCCGGUCGCCGGUCUUCCAGGCAGAGCUCCUUGGCCCGAUGAGAGAAAGCCAUGCUGCGUCGUCUGUCGUCGAGGUACAAGACAUGGAGGCGCAGGUGUUUCAAGCCCUGCUGGAGUUCGUGUACACCGAUGCCUUGCCUCAGGACAUGACGCGGGAGGAGGAAGCUGUGAUCUGUCAGCAUCUACUUGUUGCGGCGGACAGGUACAGCAUGGAGAGGCUGAAGCUGGUGUGCGAGGACAGGCUCUGCAGGCAUAUCAAAGUGGCCUCCGUGGCUACCACAUUGGCUUUGGCCGAGCAGCACCGGUGCCGUGGCCUCAAGGAGGCAUGCCUCCAGUUCCUCGAGUCCCCGGCUGUUCUCAAUGCCGUCGCAGCAGACGAAGGCUUUGAUUAUUUGGCUAAUACCUGCCCUUCUGUUUUGAAAGAUUUAAUCUUAAAGCUCACGGACUGUCAUCUCGAUCUCUGGGGAAAACAAGUUAGUUGAUCAGAAAAGCAAAACUCACUAGAAGCAAACUAUAAAUUGUAGAGUGCGUAAAACUUUUCUUCUGUAUAAGAUCUCAAGUCAGCUACUGCGUGCAAUGUGUUCUAAUAGCUUUGACCUAUUGUUCUGGUGGUCACCAGAGAUGAUGGCACUAGAGAAUAAUUCAU